AUGCCGUCGAUACUUAACCAAACUAAGAGAAAAGCAACGAAUCCGAAUGAUGCCGACCAACGACGUGUCCGACAGAGACAGGAGCAAAUGCGGGUCCAUGGCGAUCUUCAGGAGGCAGGAAGACGCAAUCUACCGCCCUUGCCAAACGGGGAUUCUAAUGUCGUGCCACCACCACUAAAUGUAUUACGACAAAACAGAGAAUUUCACUCUGAUCUUUGGUUCCAAAGCAAAGCCCGUUCUUCUCACCUUGAUCAAAGCAAUAGCCCCAUUAGUCCGGUCAGCGACACAACAAUGAAUGAUCAUGACGGCAGCGUUGCAACACUGACGCAAAAUUCCAAAUUCCCAUUGGUUGUUGAUCAUAAUCCCACAGGCUCUUCAACUGUAGGAUCCCGUAGCUCAGCUACUCCUGUCAACCAUAAAUACUACUUUGGAGAUAAAUUGGCCAAAGUCACCUAUGAUGGACAUCAUUUCAAAUUGGAGAUAGGCAGUCACCAAAGUCUUAAGAGAUCUGGUGCCGAUCAUUCAUCCACACCAACUCAGCAUGUAUACCAAAUUGAAGAUAUGAAAAUCGGGGUGGAAUCUGAUGGCCAAAAACUCACCAUGACCACAAGUGCUAAUCAACAAACCGUGUUGAAUGCAGAUACAGUGUUGUCCGGCAGUGCAGGUCAAUCACCUCAGUCCACGAUCAACCAGAAUGGCCAACAAGAAAGGAACCUGUUUUGCCACGGGACUAUUUUCGAGAUCAAAGGCCAGCUUGAAUUUGAAAGUGUGUAUUGCCACUUGGCGAUCGUAAAUCAGCAAGAAUUUUGUGAUCACAUAGAAAAAGAAGUCGAAAUCAGAGGCGAGCCAUAUAUACACCUAGAUCUCGACAAAACACCAGGUGUGCGCUACGCCCAACAGAUUGGUAACAUUUUCUAUCUCAUUCGACAAUACGAGGGAGUGGAGCUUGAUGCUGUCCUUGACAAAAGGAUUAUGGAUAAAAAUCAGCACACUAUACCGAUCAUGCUAAACGUCUACGGCCGAGAAACAGAUGGCCAUGAGAUAAGAGGCUUCUUUGAGCGUUAUAAUACCACUCUAUUCAAGCCUAUACACGUACCAAUCAAGUUCGGCCAUGGGGUUCCAUGCAGUGAGGACAAAGGCAAGGAGUUCUUUUACUGCAUGCAGUUGUGUCUCUUGGCUGUUUGGAACUAUGAGUCCAUAACUAAACAGAACGAGUGGAAGUACAAGUGGAAUCAGACGGCGUGGCAGAAGAAUGAGUGGGAUGACUUGGAAGCAAAAGUCAAGGAGCUCACGAAAGGCGCGGUCCAGUUUCCUCGAGGCAUUGACGUGUCAAAGGACUGGGGUUCAAGCUUACUAAAAAUUUAA